GCUCGAGACUGACGGAGCUCCACACACUGACCGCUGCUUCUCAAACUCAACACUGUACAAAGGAGGAAAGUUUCACGCUGGAUUGCUGGAUCUUACCUUUUGUUCAGAUAAAUCUCAGUCGGGGGUUUUGGGGGCACGAGAAACGAUUUUUCAUCUACCCAAAGAGACGUUUGUUGAUUUUACAAGAACCUCUUCAAAGCAGGACAUCUAAGUGGACUCAAGCCAGCAGCGGGGGAGAUUUGGGGGUGAAGGAAGGAAGGCAAGAGGGAUUAGGGGCUAAUCCUGAACAUAACCAAUCCUUAAGGAGCCUCCGUCAAGCUGCACUAUUGCCCAGAUUAUUACAUUUAAUUUAUUUAUUGGCUUUUAAAGCCCCUUUAUCUCCCUCGGGGGAUUCCUGGCGAGUGGACCGCUGGAUUUGAGUACCUUAAAAAACAAAGGCUCAGGAGCAGUGGCUGCUGGGAGUAGAGGAGCAUGUGGAGAAAACGCACGCAGGGAUAAAGCAACAAACCUCCCUGCCGCCUCACACUCCAGCGGGGUGCAGGUCAGAGGUCACCAAAUGAACUUGGUCUGGACAAGCAUGCGGUCACAUUGAUUAUACAGAAAGGAAGAAGCACAAACCCAGAACAACUGUGAAGCCCAGAAUCUUUGACCACAUAUGCAGCCGAGGUUUUCAGGAAUUGGAGUCAUGCAUAUUUUCAGCUCGCAUUUAUCUUCACCGAAUCUUUCUGGAUAUGAACAAAGACCGAUGGCCAAAACGGGACAUAGCUGAAUGUGUCUGCCUUUGGAGAAACUUUCCACUCAACUGCGGUUUUUAUUCUGCUGAGAGAUUUUGAAGCUUGAUACGUGUAUAAUUUGCUUUCUUAUGCUGUUCUCGCCUUUUUCAAAAUAAUUGCUGUGGAUUUUUUUUAACCUCCUUUGGAAACUUACGAUUUGAACCAGGAAAAGCCAUGAAUUUGGGCAAGUUGUCUGGCCUGAAGGGCCUGGUUUCCCAUUCCUCAGGAAAGCGUCGUUUUAAAGGUGACCUCACCCCAGAAAUGAUCAGCCCCCCUUUGGGGGAUUUCCGCCACACCAUGCAUGUGGGCCGUGGAGGGGAUGUGUUUGGGGAUACCUCAUUCCUGAGCAACCAUGGUGGAGCAGGAAAUAAUGCAGACGCAGAAUCCUCCACCUCAGAGAAGAAUGAGGGAUUCUUCACCCGCACGCUUCGCCAUGUCCGCAAGACUCCCGACAGGCCCCGUGGUGGCUCCAAAGACCUUUCACCCCCACCUCCAGCCGUUUCUCCAAUCAUAAAGAAUGCCAUUUCCCUCCCUCGGCUGGACGUGGACUCACCCAAUGGCUGUCCUGUGAAAGUGCUCUUCCCUAGUUCACCCAAAACACCAGAGAACUCCACUUACCUGUAUGGUUUGGAGUCUGGCUUCGUGACAUUGCCAAGACUGUCCCGCACUGAGCGUCCAGCCCAGGGUAGUUCUCCAUCAGCCUGCCCUCCUGAAAUCCACAGAGGCUCGCUGACGGACACAAACAUCCCAUCCUUACCUUGUUCAGACUCCAUCAGUCCCUCCGACUCCAUGAACUCCUUCACUCUUGAUCUGGGCCCUUCCCUCAUGUCUGAAGUUUUUGCUUUGAUUGACAGCCCUAUGUGUGAGAAGCCUGAUGCCAUCAGUGAAAAAGCACAAUCCGUUGAGUAUAACUCUGAUUCGGACGCAACUACUUCAUUGGUUGAUUCCCUGCUGAGAGAAGACGAUGACGGUCGGACUCGCCUAUAUGGAGGCGAAUGGAAGAAUUCAGACUUUGUGAGUGAUGAGUCACCUAAAAAAUCGACAACGGGUGAUCAGUUACGCUCAUUCCCCAUUGAGGAUCGUGGCAUGGAGCCAGAGAGUUUCCAGAGGGCUGCUGAUGUGCUGGCACGUCAUUACGGGAGUGGGGGACUCAGGAAUACAAACACCAACAACUCUCACAGGAGAGCGCCAUACUGCUAUCCUGAUGAGGAUGAGGAAAUCAAGGUCUAACAUUAUGAGAAGUCGAAUUCACACAGCACUUUUAAAAGGAUACUUCAAUCAGAAUUGAAAAAGACGUCCUCAUUUAUUUACUGUCAUGUCAAAAUUCUAUUUCUUCUGUGGAACUUUUUUUGUUAUAAAGGGAGUAAAGACUGGGUCAAAAUAUACAGUUGAAGUCAGAAUUAUUAGCCCCCCUGAAUAAUUAGCUUAGAUUUGUUUUGUUUUUUUCCCCAAUUUUGGAAGGUAAAGAAGAUUUUUUCAACACAUUG